AUGGCCGACGAGGAAGAUUUCAGCAAGCUGCCGCUGCCCGAUCGCUUUGUACACAAGAACUGGAAGGUACGGAAAGAGGGCUACGAAGCCGCCGCCAAAGAAUUCAGUCUAGCCGCCAGCGAGUCCGACCCGGUAGUGCGCCAGUUCAUAAACGAUGCGAGCAUAUGGAAGGGCGUGGUGGGCGACUCCAACGUCGCCGCACAGCAGGAAGGUCUUGGUGCGCUAUGCGCCUUCCUUGAGAUAGCUGGCCAACAGGGCUGCACACGGACGCGGAAUAUCACCAUCGCUACAAUCGCCGAAAAGGGAUUACCGUCAACGCGGCCAGUAGCAAAGCAAAAAGCACUCGAAGCGCUGAUGUUGUACAUUGAGACGGACAAGCCAGACCCAGUCAUCGAGGAGCUCCUUCCCAUACUAGCACACAAGCAACCCAAGGUUAUUGCCGCGACAUUAGAAGCGUUGACACAAAUGUACCAUGCUUAUGGCUGCAAGACCAUGGAACCCAAGUCUGUCCUUAAAUCCCUACCCAAAGUAUACGGCCAUGCGGAUAAGAACGUUCGCGCAAAGGCGCAGGAAUUGACAGUCGAGCUUUACCGCUGGCUCAAAGAAGCAAUGAAACCACUUUUCUGGAACGACUUGAAGCCCGUGCAGCAGCAGGAUCUCGACAAACUCUUCGAAAAGGUCAAAGACGAGCCUCCGCCAAAACAAGAGCGACUGCUCCGUUCACAACAGGCCGCAAAAGAAGCCGCAGCCGCAGGUCCAGACGGGGACGAGGAGGAAGAGGAGGAAGAAGACGCCGUCAUUGAUCUGGAGCCCGAGUACGUGGCCGUUGAUGUAUUCGCAAAGAUACCCAAGGAUUUCUCUGAGAAGCUAGCAUCGUCCAAAUGGAAAGAUCGCAAAGAAACACUCGACGAGGUUCAGAAGGCGCUCGACCACCCUCGGAUCGCUGAGGGACCCUUUGAUGAAUUGAUACGUGGGUUUGCAAAGAGCAUGAAAGACGCAAAUAUCGCUGUGGUUAUCACAGCCGCUAACUGUGUUGAGCUACUUGCAAAGGGUUUGAAGAAGAGUUUUGCCAAGUACCGCAAGGACGUAAUGAAUGCUAUGAUGGAACGAUUGAAGGAGAAGAAACAGACCGUCACUGAUGCCAUUGGAGCCGCUCUUGAUGCAUCUUUUGCUUCGACGAGUUUCCAAGAGUGUCUUGAAGAGAUUCUAGAGUUUCUGAAGCACAAGAACCCUCAGGUCAAACUGGAAUCCUCUAGGUUCCUAAUCCGAUGUUUAAAGACCACUCGCGAAGCACCAACACCUGAACAAGCCAAGGCCAUCGCAGAGGCUUCUACAAAGCUCCUCACAGAGUCACAAGAAGUACAGCGAUCCGCCGGUGCCGAGGCACUAGGCACGCUCUGGAAAAUCAUGGGAGAUCGCAUCAUGAAUGCUCAUCUUGAUGGGUUGGACGAUAUCCGCAAAGCCAAGAUCAAGGAGUUCCACGAUGCUGCCGAAGUGAAGACCAAGUACAAGCCAAAAACUGCCCCUGCUCCUAAGCCUGCAGCUCCCGCACCAACGAAGAAACCCGUGGGUAAGCGACCAGCACCUGGUGGUGUGAAGAAGGCCGCUCCAGCAGCCAAAGCUCCCCCACCUCCGCCUGUCGAAGAACCGGCCGCGCCGCUUGAACCAAAGCCAACAUCGAGACCAGCGCCGCCCAAGUUGGGCGCCAAGCCUGGUGCAUCAAGACUGGGAGGAUUGAAAAAGUCAGGUCUCGCAGCACCCUCGCCACGAAAAUCCGCCCCAUCGCCUCCGCCGCCGGAAGAAGAAGAAGAAGCACCACAGCCGCAGCCCAAGUUUGGCGCGGGCCGUGGUCUUGCGGGACGUCCCUUGGGAAAACCUGCUGCUGAGCCUGCUGCAGCCCCUGUCUAUCAGGCCCCCACCGGACUGAGUCUAGUCGAACGGGCUGAGCUUGAUGAGCUCCGAGCCGAAGUUGAGCGAAUUCGAAGGCAAUAUGAAGAACUGCGGGCGGAGCGAACAAAGCUUUCAUCGCAGAUUUUCGAGCUCCAAAACCAAAAUGCCCAGCUAAUCGAAGACCACACACGCGACGUGCUUUCUAUCAAAGCCAAGGAAACACAACUUGUGCGUGCCCGCUCGGACUUUGAAGCAUCUGAGCAGACUGUUCAGUUCCAGCGUCGGGAAAUCGAUCGAUUGAAGCGCGAACUCAGUCGCCAAGUGCGUGUGUCUUCUCCACCACCAGCAGAUGUGGUUGAUCAUAUUUACUCGGACAAUGGCAAUGGGGGACAAUUUGGUGACUCUGGAUAUGGCAGCCGGGCCAUGCAUCCGAGAAGAGACAGGAGUUUUGCAGGUGGGCCAAACAGUCCCGGGGGUGAUGCAGAUGCCGCUUCUGGCAAGUCAUCUCUAUCAUCGCGUGGCGGCGACCGCAUUAGCUCUGGCGAAAAUGGCGGCGGGUUCCGGUCCAGCUCACAGGCUGCUUCGGGAGCAGAGAGCUGGAAGCGUGCUGCAGAGGUUACUCAAAACUUGAAGCAGAGGAUAGAAAUGAUGAAGGCUAAACAGGGGAUCGGACGUCCACAAGGCUAA